AUGGGGCGAGGAGGAGGGGGGUUGGACGUGGGAGGAGGAGGAGAAGGCUCGAGGGACCGUCUGUCGCGGGACAAGCUGGCCAGCUGGGGCGCAGAGUAGGGAGGAGUAGGCGGCAGCAGCAGCGGCAGCAGCAGCGGCAGCAGCAGCGGCGCUCGGAGCAGCAGCAGUAGCUGCAGCAAAAGAAACAAGUACCAGCCACACAGCGGCUCCUCUGGCCCCAGCAGCCUCAGUCCCCCCCCCGCCGCGAUGGCGCUGCAAAACCCGGAGAUCGACGAAGCCAAGGGGCCCUGGCAGGAGACAGAGCAAGAACAGCAAGAGACAGUGGGUCGCCCAGAACCGGAGCCAGAGCCCGAGCCCGAGCCGGAGCCCAUGCCGGUGCCCCCGCCUGAGCCCCAACCAGAGCCCCAGCCUCUACCGGACCCUGCUCCCUUGCGGGAUCUGGAGUUUGAGCCCGAGCCUGUGCAACGUAAGCCCACGCUCACCGUGGAGACUCGCGGCACCUCGCGCGGCUUCCAGCCCCCGGAGGGUGGCUUCGGCUGGAUGGUGGUCUUCGCUGCUACCUGGUGCAAUGGCUCCAUCUUUGGCAUCCAAAACUCCUUCGGGAUCCUCUACUCCAUGCUGCUGCAGGAAGAAAAAGAAAAAAAUCACCAAGUGGAGUUCCAAGCAGGUCAAGCAGCAGACAAGACAGGGGCAACCAGGCAAUUUUGUGGAAAGUAUAAGCUUAGCACAGCUUCAUAG